AAAGGAGAAAACAAACGGCCCGGCAUGCUCGCAACCCAAUCUUGUUCCACUUCCACCUCUUCCUCAUUUCAAUCCCCUCCGUGACCUCCUCCCCUAAUUAAAUCCGGCCGCGGCCGCCGCCGAUCUCCGGCCUCCGCCCUUAAUUCCCUCGCUUCCACACUCCAAAUCCACACGAAUCCCUCACCGAUCCGGCAGAUCUCCAAUCCAAUACCCUAACCCUAGCCUCCCGCCCGCCAUGAAGGCGUCGAUCAAGUUCCGCGAAGACGACCGGCCGCUACUGCGGGCCAAGGUUCCCGUCGGCGUGCUCGGGCUGCCCUUCCUCUCCGGCCUCGCGGCGGGGGGCGACGCCAAGGACCUCCGAUUCGACCUCUCCACCGCGUUCCCCUCCGGCCCGGCGCUGCGGCUCUCGUAUCGCCCCAACGACCCGCUCCAGCCCUUCGCGCUCUCCGUCCGCACGGGGUUGGGGCCGCUGGGAUCCCCCGCCCGCGCGCCCUUCGCGCUCGCGGCCGAGUUCAACCUCCUCUCCUCCAACACGCCCGCCUUCUCGCUCCUCUUCAAGCCCCGCAUAGGGGACUUCGCCCUCACCAGUUCCGUCAUCUCCCCGCCUUCACCCCCCGCCCCCGCCCCGGCGCCGCUGGCUAUCAAGAUGGCUGACCUCACCGCCAACGGCGACGACCGCGACCGCGACACGCACAGGGCGUUCUCGUUCAGCGGGAACGGGUUCGCGGCGAACGUCGCGGCCGCCGCGGGGAGGAGCGGCGGCGGCGUGGGCGCGCUGCUGUCCGGGAUGCGACUCACUACCAGGAGCGUGUUGCCGCUGUGGAGCAAGGCGAGCCUGCGGUUCCAGUGGGGGCUGCGCGUGCCGCCGGAGCUGAAGGCCGCGCUUGCGGACGACGGGUGCGGGCGCAAGGCGGGGAGCCUCGCCAUCAGCAAGCUGCCGCUGCUUGUGAUGAACAAGAUCACCAUCGAGCAUACGCUGCAGGCACCGUCGCGUUCCGAAGCGGACAAGAAGAGGAAGAAAGAUGCUCCACCGGCAGGCGAGGGAGAGGAAUUCUCCUUGAUGAAGAGGCAGCUGGAGGCGCUGAACGCUGAGAGCACAAUGCUGCGGCGUGCGGUAGAGGACCUGCGUGCUGAGAUCGGGGCCGGCAAAGGCGAGAGUCGCAGGUUGCCAGCAGCACUGCCUCCUCUGCAACAGCCAUUUGCGUUGAAACCGGAUCGCCACGGCAAAGAGAUGGUGGACUGUGGACCGAAGCCGGCAUCGGACGAGGCAAGUGAGGAGUUGAAGAAGGCGCUCGAGGCCCGUCGGAAGUGAGGAGCCCUUCUAGGGCUUGCUGACAUUGCAAGCUCUGCAAUUUGACAUGGCUGCGUUAAGUUUUGUGUUUAAUAAUAGACUGGUAGGGCAGUUUACAUCUCUGGCUGGAAGCAAAUGAGGUUGUCAUAAGGUGAUGUAAUAGGUUUGCCUUAAUUUUACUCCCACUGCUUGCGUUUUAGGAUGUCCUGUUUUGUAUAAAUUCGUAUUUUUUUCCCCUUUCGGAUGAAUCGUUAGUAUUUUCAUCGUUU